CUCGGUUGGUGUUGGCACGUAUCGGGGGGAGUCCGUGGCCGUUUUGGGAGAUUAUGGCAGUAUUUUUAGGAUUAUAACAAAUUGUAGUUUUACUGCGGUGCUGUGAGCGAUCAUGAUCGAAAUAUCAUGUGAUCUUCUUGACGGCCCCGUGUUUCUGGCCGGUCAGACACUCCGCUGCACCAUCACCUUGCUCUGUCCUGAGCUAGACAGGCACGCGCCUGCAACUUCCAACUGUGAUGUUUGUGAGAACUUGGCAUGGGUUAGUGCUCAGGUGCAGUGCUUCUGCCAGGUGAACGAGGGCAAGGUGCGUCAGCGGGCGGCGGCCGACCCCGAGCUGGCGGCCGUCUCCAGCACGGCCUACCUGCCGGACCGCGGCGAACGCGGCCGCAUCGUGCUGGCCACCAAGCCCACCAUCCUGGUGUGCGACCUGCGCCUGCGGCCCGGCCAGUCGCGCCGGCUGGACUACCGGCAGGUCCUGCCCACCGACGCCAUACCCUCCUACCUGGGACAGGCCGUCCGCUAUGUGUACAAGGUGACGGUGGGUGCUCAGCGGGUGAACAGCUCGAUCCGGCUGCUGCGUGUGCCGGUGCGCGUGCUGCCGCUGGACGCGCGCGCCGCCCCCCACCACAGCGACACGGACGACAUCUGCCCGUCGAACCCGUUCCUGCCGGUGGGCGACGGCGGCGAGUCGGCGCACGAGGUGACGCUGCAGCUGCUGCAGCACCGCACGGCGCGCCGCGCGCCCAACUACUACAACAUCACUAACCAGCACGGCCGCGUGGUGCGCUUCUGCCUGUUCAAGACGGUCUUCAAGCUGGGCGAGGAGGUGGCGGCCACGCUUGACUUCAGCCAGGCGGACGUGCGGUGCGUGCAGUACUCGGUCACGCUCGAGAGCGUGGAGACCGUGCACGAGCGCCACCAGCAGCGCGCCCACCAGAAGCCCGUGACGCGCGCCUACAACAAGUGCCACGAGGUGUGCCUGAACCUGGAGGAGACGCACGUGAUGCUGCCCGUGCCGCUGCACGUGACGCCCACGUUCCGCUCCGAGCUGGUGGCGCUCGACUGGCGGCUACACUUCGAGUUCGUCACGACGACGGGCGGCGCGACGCCCAUGGCCGCAGCCGCCGACCCGGCCCACCACGCCACGUGGGAGGCGCCGGGCGCGCUGCCGAUCGAGACCAUGGUGUGGGACCUGCCCGUGCAGCUGUGCUCCACCAGCCCCGGCCACGUGGCGCAGGGCCUGCAUAUGGACGUGGUGCACACGGUCAAGGUUUAGCGUGCGCCGCCGGCCGGGGUUCGGCCGCCCUUCGGGACCGCGUCAGGAGACAGCCGCGACCGACAGACCGACACAGCCCGGCCCCACGCGCCAGACGGCGGCGCGGCUGGGACUCCACCCUACCCGCUGAGGAGCGGACGGCCGAUGCAGGACGAGGUGGUUGCGGCAGAUGUGGCGGGGUGCGACGUGUGAUGGACCUGUGCUGUCUCCCACUCCGGGUAUCGGCCCUCCGUUCCACGUCCGGUCCCGUCCCAACGCAGCCGGGUGCCUGGCCGUCGUGACUGCGUGAUACAUUACCGAGGGCCGGCUGUCGUACCUCUCGCUGCUGUUGUCGGCGCUGCAUGCUCGGGUCAGGUCAGACCGGCGAGUCGACUGGAACGGCCGGGCCACGUCUCGGGCCCACGGUCGUGUUCGGUAAGCAUGUCCAACUGUCCAUCGUAGGUAUGGUUGCUCACCUGUGCACUGGUUGGCAACCACCGUGUCAGAAAGCGGCGCGCGCCUGUGGCGCCGGUGUUUUGUUUUAGAGAAUGUUUUGGGCUGUCAUACCUCGUCGACGUACAGCUUCUCAAAUCGUUGGCAAUAAAUAUUUAUGCACAUG